AUGAUGGAAUUUGAUAACGUUCCACUUGAUGCAAAUACAAAUGAAAAAAGCGAAAAACAAAUUUUAUCCUCGUCCUUACUAGACGAAAUUACAUGUGCCAUUUGUUUGGAUAUUUUUGAAGAACCAAAACGAACAUCAUGUUUACAUGUUGCUUGCCGUCGUUGUCUAGAAGAAUAUCACCAUUCAUGCAAGAAUGAGUCGGAUAUUGCUACUUGUCCUCAAUGUCGAGCACCCUCGAUUCAUUUACCGAAUGGAGAUGCUAGCUGUCUUCCGCCAGCAAUCGAUAAAGAACAGCUCAUAAAAAUUUAUCGACAUGAGCAAGAAGUUGAAUCAAAACAUGUUGGUCUAUGCUCGUUAUGUCAGAACGAAUCUGCCAAUCUUCAUGGUCGAUGUUUCCAAUGUCAGGAGAAUUAUUGUCAAACAUGCUAUGGAUAUCAUGCACAUUUUCAUACAGUACCUGCACAUGUUACUCGAACAUUUGCUGAAAUCCGUCUUUUACCCAAAGCUCCAAUUGAAUUCGAUGAAAGUAUUUCUCUUCUUUGCUCACAACGGCAUAGCAAACGAUUAUUAGAGUUCUACUGUGUCAAAUGUUCAGAAUGUCUAUGUUCGGAAUGUCUUAUAGAUGAACAUACAUCUCAUCAUCGACAGCAAUACCAUGCCAUAAAACUUCUUUCACAAAUUGCACAAGACUAUCGCUACCAGUUAGAACGACUCUAUGUAAAUAAGUUAAAAUCGUUACACCGAGAAUUAAAUGAAGCUAUUGACUAUAUAAGUAAAAUUCUUGAUCGUGAUCCACGUUUAUUUCUUAUUUUUGAUCAAUUACAAAAGCAGGAAGAGAAAGUCAACGAACUCGACAAAUUGAUCCAAACUUUAGUCAACCAUGCACACGAUGUACAUGUUGUGUUGUAUGAGAAACAAGCUAAAGACCAACUAACAGAAAUUUUACAUGAAAGACCACCAAGACCAAGACAAGGGUUUUUACUUAAUGGUCUACGAUUUGAACCUAUUUCAAACUCAAAGUCGACGAUGAAAAUCGUUUUACCACUUGAAGUUCUUCCAACAGUCAAUGAUCCUAUUGCUCAACAUGUUGAACACUUGUAUCUUGAUUUUCUUCCUGUACACAAUAAACCUUAUUCGAAACCAGUCAUUGGAUAUCAAGUGUCUUACGAACAAUCUGAUUCAACAUUUUUACGUCUUUUCGGCUCAUUUAUUCCUCAACAAAUGCAACAAUUCACUUGUUCACUCUAUUCAUAUUGUUAUCUCAAUAAACAAUUUGUGAAAGAGGACACUACAGAAGUCCUUUUUAAUUUUCCGAAAAGAUUCGAUCAAGAACUCAAGCAAAAGAAUAAAACAGAUCUUAUUACUUAUUCUGAUCGUGACGAACAAAUAACUAUAAUAUACAAUUACAGACUUGAUUCAGUAACAAUCAAACAAAUAAAUCUCGUCUUUGGUUUAGCAGUACACGAAAGGAAAAAAGACAAUUUUCUUGGCUACGAUUUACAACUAUCAUCCAUUCAUAUUCGCCUAUUAUCAAAUAAACAAAAGUUACUUAUUUGUGGCUUGAAAUCAAAUAAUGAAAAUAAAUUAAUCUGUUUUCUUUAUGAUUUUAAUACUCUUGAUAUUAUCGAUACUUAUUCAUGUUACACGGGACAAAAUAUCAAAGACAUUCUCGAUGUAAUUAUUUACAAUGAUGAAACGAUAUUUUUAUGUUUUCACAGCAUGAAUCGAAGAUUAUUCAUGUGGAUUGGAAAAGACUACAUGGAAGAAAUUGCAUUCAAUGGAAUCGAGCUCGGAGAAACGAAGUGUAUCAUUGAUCGGUUAGCUAUUAAUGAACAAAUGGAUAUACUAAUCGCAUAUCGAAACAUGGAACAAGAUGAUACACGAACUCGAUUUGCUAUGAGCAAAUAUUUAAUACCACAUAGUGACAAUUGA